UCUAUCUAAAAGAAAAAAUCUAAACACACAAUAUAAAAUUCCAGCAGUGUGAAUAAAGCCUUUGUGUUGCUUUUAGCAAACAUGUCUAGUACUCUCGGUUCAAUGUACACAAUUUACCCCAUUUAAAUGCAUUUUGGAAAUUGUUCCACAUGGCCUUAAAGUGUGAAUAUUCACUGUAUGCCAAAUAAGUAAUCAAAGAAUGGAACUGAAUUUUUUCUUCUCUAACGGACCAUUAAUCACAAUUAUAAAAGAUGAUGCAUCAGGUACAAAGUAUCAGGGUUUUUCCCCCUCUUUUUCCCACAAUAGUUGCAUGAUUUUUGCUACACCCUUUCCACCGUGUGUGUGUGUGUGUGUGCACGCGCGCUACAAAUCACUUUGAGGUAAAAAUAUUUUAAGGCAGCCACUUUCACCUUCCUACAACAAUUGGUGACUGGUCUGAGGUGAAGCUUCUUGUCAUGUUACUGUGGUCAUGGAUCACAUUGUGGGGAUCUCUGUAAUGUAACCAUUUCUGUAAUUAUCCUUACCUGCUUUUGUGCUUCUGUGUCUUCUGUUGGUGCUUUAUUCUGCUUUUUAGGACCCGAGCACCGCUGCUGCAAAGCCCUAUUGGAUCUGCUGUUUAUUAUUGGGGCAGUCCACCGAAGGUGCAGCGCUUCCGGUGACCACCGGAGGGUGCAUGCACCGGAGGUGCAGGGCCCUAUUGAUUUUCUGGUGUUUAUUGCAUUCUUGUCGUUUUUAAGGGCCUAAACAUGGCUGAAAACUCCCAAAACUCGGUAGACGCGCCAGCACCAGUGAAAAUGUAACUUACAUUGGGCAUGGGCAUGGUCGAGGAGCUCCUUAGCACCCCUGAAGGCAGGCAAUGGUCGGGAUGAAGUUGCUCCGAUGUGCACGAUUUACCAUAUAUAUAUAUAUAUAUAUAUAUAUAUAUAUAUAUUAGAUAUUAUAUAUAUAUAUAUUAGAUAGAUAUGGGGUAAUAAAGUGUAAAAUAUAGAUAAUUCACAAUAAUUUAAUAUCAGAUAUCAGUUAGAUUCAGCUUCGGACACAAGUUCCAGGUACUGAUCGAGAAGGAGUGGAUCAGCUUCGGACACAAGCUGACCUCGCGUGUCGGCCUUGGAGAUGAGAAUCACGCCAACUCGGAACGAUCCCCUCUCUUUGUGCAGUUCAUCGACUGUGUGUGGCAGAUGAUGAGACAGGUCAGCUACUGAUGCUUUACACCACAACACUGUUGAAUUCUCCAAUCUGAUUGGUCAGAAGGCGUUGGAGACAUUUCUGGAACAGCAAGAUUCUGAUUCCAGCUGCAAGGGAAAUUACAGCUUUAUAGUGAUGUGCUCGUUCUCGUUCCUAUAGUAACAGCUCUUUCACAGGGUCUAGUAUGGCGUACGCAAUACAUAUUCUAAGCUUAAUCGUAAACAUAUUAUAAACAUGUCACUUAAAGAAAAAGACGUAUGAUCAUUGUGAUCUAGUUAAGAUUUACAAGUUAUCUAUUUAUGGAAGUUUUAUGGAAGUAGUCUCCAGUGUCACGGCAGAGAGGACAUUGCACUUUCCAGUUUCUCAGUAACAUUGCAAGUCUUAUUAAUUUCAAGAGUUAGGGGGAAAAAAGAGAGGCUUGUGAGGGAACUAUUGUUUUAUUUUAAUGUUAUAAAGUAAGAGAUCAUAAUGAGAACUAACUCUCUUUUCCAGGACAUUCCAAAUUGUUCUUUGGCUAUGCCCCAUGUUUGUGCAAUGGUUCAGACCGGUUUUUCCUCUUUUCGCAGCUUCAAAAUGGCUUGCUUUUCUCCCAUAGACAGGUCUCUGGUCUUCAUGUCGGUUUAUUCUUUUUAACAACAAAUGCUGUCUCCACAGGUGAAACCCAGGGCUCAAACCAAGAGAAGACAUUCAGAGCUAUUCAUUCUUUAAAGUCCAUUUAACGAGCUGCCUGUUUGGUACAUUCCUCUACAGCAGUGAGCAGGAGAGAAUGGAAAAGGAAGUACAGGGUAAAACGGUCACUGUGGUCCUACGUUAACAGUCAGCCGGAGGACUUCACUAACCCGUUCUAUGUGGACUGUAAAAACCAGGUGCUGUAUCCACUGGCCAGUGUCACACAUCUGGAGCUCUGGGUGGGUUAUUAUGUGCGCUGGAACCCACGCAUGAGACCACAGGUGCUUAUACUGCAAACCACACUCUAUGAAAUUCUGGGGAAAUGCUCAAAAAUAGUGUUUCCAAUAUAUACCAAAAUACCCAGUUACUUGUAUAACUGAACAGUGUCACUUCAGACACAUGAUGAAUGUCUCUUUUUAUUUCUAGAUGUUUCUGGGUUUUAACACCAAGUUUGCUUUAAAAAAACAAAACCAUUUCUAUCAGCACAAAGCUAAAAAAAACACAAAAGCUGGAGUAAUGGGUCGGUAAGCAUAAAAAGUGCCGUACACAGUGGAACUGGACACACGAGGAUCUCUGACACUGUUGACCCUUCAGUGGUUCCAUUUUCAGUUCUAGUUUGUAGGUACAGGUUUCAGUCUUCAACAACAUUGUAGUUUUCUUUUUAAAAUGCACUCCUUGGUUGUGCUCACUGCAUUACAAACUCAAAUCCAACAUUGUGAGAUUAUUUUUUUUUAAGUGUGUUGAAAUGUAGUUUUCUUGUGAUUCCUCUAUAUUCCUGUAUAUUUCAUGAUUGGCUGGUUAGAAAACUACAUGAACGUACAGGUGUUCCUAAUAAAGUGGACGGUGAGUGAACAUGACGUGGCUGAAACGAUUUCCAAAACACUUCAGGAGCAGCUAGCGAUAAAGAUUAAGGUUACACCGGCUUGAUGAUUGAUCUUUUAAUAAUGCUACAUAAAUAAAUAGAAAGCGAAUGGAAUGAUUUAGAAAAUCGGUGUCCCAGAACGAAACUGAUGUUUGUGUGCUUUGUUGAUUUCUUAUGUAGACGCCGCUCCAUCAGAAUUUGAGAGUUAUUGUUUUUGCGUGAAGAACGUGGAGGAGCUCCAGAGAGAGGCCACGUCAUCCUGCUCCAUCUCCUCAUCCUCAGAGCAUACUUCUCCCUCCUCACAUAGUGGAGGCGGUUCAGCUGGACGGAGAGAUCCUGCAUGCGCUGUGAAGCGAGUGUGUUCUAUGGCGUAUCGGCACCUGGACAAGCACAAGAUCGAGCCGGUGCUCUACAUGAUGGAGUGGUUCAUGUGCGCCUUCUCCAGAACUCUGCCCUGGGCCUCGGUCCUCAGAGUGUGGGACAUGUUCCUGUGUGACGGAGUGAAAAUGAUAUUCUGUGUGGGUUUGGUGGUGUUGACGUCCAUGCUGGGUACUCGGGAUAAGCUCAAGGCCUGUCCGGGUCAGUAUGAGACCAUGGAGGUCCUCAGAGCGAUUGAGCCUAGAUACAUGCAGGAGGGCUUCUUCGUGCUCCAGGUUCUGGAGUUGCAGGUAUCGGCACAGGACGUGGAACGUGAGCAACGCACGCAGCUGAAGCGCUGGAAGAAGGAGCACGGCGAGCCCGGCCCCAAACUCCCUCAGAGAAUGCACAGUGCUCGCACCAUCAUGGCCACCGAGCCUCAUACACACCAAGACCUCCGCCAGAAACCCACCAUUAUGGUCCAGUACCCAUCGGUCCCUGAGGAGAAGUCCGAGCCGAACCUCAGGAAGAAGAGAGGGAGCCUGAAGAAAAACCAAGCCCUCAUUCCGAACCCCUAUGCGCUACCUGGCGAGUCUAAACCUAGUCAGAUAUUGGACAUACAGCUUCUGAACCAGGAAAAUCUCAAUCUUGUACUUCCAAAUACACCAUCACAUCCACCACGGCUCCCUACAAUGCAGGAAAAUCAGGUCAAAGAGACGAGCACUUCUACAGAGCGACUCGUGCAGCGUCCUCGAAUUCCUCCAUCGAUAAGAAACUGGCGGAAUCUAUCCCUCUGCAACAUCUAUCCCUCCUUACUGCUCCUGUACACGGAUCACCUUCAGCGUGGCGUCCUCACCUGCUGAAAUGUGCUCCUGUCCAAUCCGGACAACCUGACCAUGAUGAGCUCCCUAAUAAUACAGAAAACUCAGCCACCAUUUUGGAUCCAUCUACACACUCAAGCCCUCUGCUAACGCACAACGCACCUGCCACCCACGACUCGCCUGCUGCUCCCGAGUACAAAAAGAACACUCAUUGAUUUUUUUUUUUUUUGUUGUGCGUGUUAAACAGUGUGAUACGUUGAGGAAUUGAUUAUUGGCACACGUCUACUGAAUAGCAAGGAUCGUUAAGUCUUUAACGUGUGUAAACUAUACUUGUUAUAAACUAUACGUGUUAUAGUUUACACCGGAGGAACUGCAAACAAUCUGAGAGAGGACCACACUUGGUCCAAAAAUGUACACACACUCCACAAAAACUCUGCAGUUGCUGAGGACUGUUUACUCGCUCCAGUCUUCAGAAGGGAAACUACCUACAGAUUCACUUUUGAAAGACUUUCACAGGCAUCACAAACAUUUGUUUAUAUUACACUCGUAUCAAUUUGGCAGAUUUUUUUCUUCUUAAUCCGAAGCAACCACCACUUCUUUGUGUUUGUAUUUCACAAAUUUCCUUACCGCAUCUUACAAGAGCUGCACGACAAUCACAACAAUCCUGUACAAUAGGCACAGCCUUUUCAUUAACAUAACCUCAGUGAAAUAUCCUCUGUCUGUAUACUUUACACGCAAACAAAACAACUCAAGCUGAGAACUUUAUUGCUGAUUCACUUUAUACCACACCGCCUUCUAAUAUAGAUCUGAUCUAUAUUAUAUAUACGUGUACCUUAGAUAACGCCUCUCUGAACGCCAUGGUGGGACGUUCCCGAGUUGAAGUACUGUACAAGUCCUAAGCAUUAGAUCACCCCAAUUACUCUUGUAUACUCUUUCCAUACCAUCGUGAUCUUUGCCUGACGAAGCCAUACACAAAUCAUAAUUGACAUUUGGGGCCUAAUUCUAAAAUCACCACAUACAAAAUGCACAACCAUUUUGUCUUGCUGCCAUCACAAAAUAAUAAUGUUUAAACCUUAAGUAACAGGGUCACAGAGGGUGUAUAUAUUUUUCCACACUACAUGAAGUUUUGGGAUUCUUAUAGACUGUGGAACAGAAGUGUACUCAGUGUGUCUCCGCCGUUUUAUUUCAUAUUGGAGUACAACCAUUUUUCUUUUUUACCAUUAAGGAUGAAACACUUGUUUCUUUUAAAACACCGUCUUUAAAUGUUUUUCUACCUCCUAACUAAACCCUCGGACUUAAGACAGGAUCUUUGGAGUUGUUGACGCCCUGCUCAGGGUUAAACAACAACGUCUUUACAUUACCUUCAUUAAUAAUUUGUCAAUCUAUCCUCUUGGUUUUUUUAUUUUUUUUUUGUAGCAAAAGUCAGGUCCUCUCUCAUUUCAACAGGUCCUCUUGUUGGUGAAUACACAGCAAUCUUCUAAGGGUAUUAGGAUUUCUCGGAGCAGACAUUGUAGCAGAUAGUUGCAGAGUUUCUUCUGUGUUUUAACCACAACGUCUUAACCAUUAUUUUAACACUGAGACACACGACUCCCUUUAAUUCGUUAACAAACACAUUUGUAAGAAUUCUGGUCAGCAAAACCCCCAAAAGAACACCUGUGUGUCUCUCUCUCACACACACACACCCCCGCACACCCACAUGGUCACCAGAGGUCAUAAAUGUACUGCUGGGACACGGGAUGUCAAAGCAUAGACGAAAGCUUAUGUAUUUAGCGACAGUUCUGUGUAAGUAUCCUCGUUGGCGGACCAUUUUCUGAAAUCUCGUUUAUAGUUUAAACAAAAUGCACGACUCUUUUAAAACACCGUCUUUAAAAAAGGUUUUUCACCCUUAAAUUAACCUGGUUAGAAGGUAGGAUAUGUAAUACAUAUUUUCAUUUUCUUCAGGCAUAUUGUCACUUCAGUCUCCACAACAAAUAACACCGAUGGUUUUGAGCUUUCUUUCAGUAAAAGAGAACAACGACAUCAUACAGCCUUGAAGGACUGUAGAAAUUUUUAUUUUAUCAUCCUAAAUGGUUAGGUUUAGAAGGCAUGUAAUACGCGCGUUUCUUAUAAAACACCGUCUUUAAAACGUUUACCUCCUAAAGGGACCUAUUUAGAAGGUAUGUAAAAACUUUUUUUUUUUUUGGAACAUUUCUUCGGGUAUAUCAAUGUUUUAGAGUAUUUAUUUCAGUAAAUUUUCAUUCAAAGUCAUGCCAAUUUCUCAAAAGUGCAAUCAAUAAAGUUUAAU